AUGAUAGAACAGAAAAUUACAUCCAAUGAUACAAUGAAUAAGAUGUCAACAUUUAAACAAUCUCGUCAAAUUCAAAUAAUUAAAAAUUUUAUGUAUUUGAUUUCGUUAUUUGAUUUUCUUCUACAUUAUGCUCUUAUGGUUGAAAUGGAUUUAUUUAAACAGAUUUAUUUAUCUUUUAGAAAGUUUUCGGAAUCUUAUUCAACUGCUAUUUCAUUAUGUGAAUUACCUAUUAAAAAAUAUUUACCAUUCAGUUUAUCACAAAUGAGUUUAUACAUAUUUUAUUUUUCCAUUUUGACAUUAUUACUUUCAACGGAAGCUAUUCGAAAAUCAUCAUCUGUACUUUAUCGUUUUUAUAUUAUAAUUAAGUUUAUUAUUGCUAUCAGUUCAUUCUUCCUUUGUAUUAUAUAUACAAUAGUCAAUCAGAUGAUGCCUUUUAUACAAACAUCUCUUAUUAUAUCACGUUUAAAAUAUGAAAAUAAUUCGAUUUCUCUAACAAUUGAUACAUGUCUUAUUUAUGCACGUGAAAAAAUAGCGAUCUAUAUUCUUGCUAUAUCAAAUGUAUUGAUAUGUUUUAUUAGUAUGGAAUGUUCAAAAGUAUUUUCAUUUUUUUAA